UUUCAAUCAUUUGCCCAAACCCAAACAAACGCUGACAACAACAAUGACGACACUGGCAGCCUUGCUUCGACGACAGCUGCGCUGUGUGACUGCGAUCACCAACAGCGCCAGCACUGCUCGUCGCGCUUUGUUCGUCUCACCAGCGACACCAAUGAAGAAGGUGCCCACACACAUCGAGGACAGCACGCUCCACUUUGACGACAGCCUCAACAUCCACUUGACCACGCGCGAUUCCAUCAAAGGGCGACACAUCGUUGAAGAACUUGGCAUUGUCAUUGGAACGUCCGCCAGGUCAAAGUCCAUCUUCCACGACCUGUUGCAGCGGCUGCGUGGCAUUGUUGGGGGAUCGCUGACCAGCUACGGUGAGCUCUUCGCCAACACAACGGCAGAGGCAACCCACAAGGCCAUGCUCGAUGCUCAGCGUCUCGGCGCAACCGCCAUCAUCAGGACCCGCUAUCAAAGCGCAGCCACGGAUUCCAAGCUCACGGGCGUGAGCUGCUUCGUCAUCUGUUACGGCACAGCUGUUCGGGAUGAAGAAGAUCCAAGCGUGAAGAAGAGCGAGUAGCACAGCCAGGCCGCUCCAAUGCGUGCAUGCACCCGCACUGGUUUUUCUUCUUUUGUCUGUGGUUUUUUGGCCUGCCUGUGUUCGCCAGCUCAUCAUUCAAAGUUAUCUUUUCUCUGCAUGCCUCAACUGUUUGGUUGGUGGCCCCGUUUCAUCAAUGCGACAGCCAAAGUAACAACAGCAACGUGUGCAGAACACACGCAAGGAUAAAACGAAACGCAAGCAA